AUGUUGUCCAAGCAAUUUGUCCGUGGCUUCGCCUCUACCCCGGUCGCCAGAAACUACGCUUCCACCAUCAAGAACUUGAAAGUCAACAAGGACACCAAGGUCAUCUACCAAGGUUUCACCGGUAAGCAGGCGACUUUCCACGCCGAGCAGGCCAUUGCUUACGGCACCAAAGUUGUAGGUGGAACCAACCCAAAGAAGGCUGGAACCACCCACUUGGACAGACCAGUUUUCGCCAAUGUCAGGGAUGCCAUUAAGGAGACUGGUGCCACUGCGACAGGUAUCUUUGUUCCUCCACCAAUUGCUGCUGCUGCUAUUGAGGAGGCCAUCGAAGCUGAGAUUGAAUUGGCUGUUGCCAUCACUGAAGGUAUUCCUCAACACGACAUGGUGAGAAUUGCCCAAAUCUUGAAGACACAGUCCAAGACUAGAUUGGUUGGUCCUAACUGUCCUGGUUUGAUUGCUCCAGACCAAUGUAAGAUUGGUAUUAUGCCUUCCAGCAUCCACAAGAGAGGCCGUGUUGGUAUCAUUUCUAGAUCCGGUACUUUGACUUACGAAGCCGUUGCGCAAACCACCAACGUUGGCUUGGGUCAAUCUUUGGUCAUUGGUAUGGGUGGUGACCCAUUCCCAGGUACAAACUUCAUCGACGCCUUGACCUUGUACUUGAACGACCCAGAAACCGAGGGUAUCAUUUUGAUUGGUGAGAUUGGUGGUACUGCCGAGGAAGAAGCUUCUGAGUUCUUGAAGCAACAUAACUUGACCAGACCAGAGGGACCUAAGCCUGUUGUUUCCUUCAUUGCCGGUGUUUCUGCUCCUCCAGGCAGAAGAAUGGGUCAUGCUGGUGCCAUUGUCGCUGGUGGUAAGGGUGACGCCAAGUCCAAGAUCGCUGCUUUGGAAUCUGCCGGUGUUGUUGUUGAAAAAUCUCCAGCUAGAUUGGGUAACUCUUUGUUGCAAGAGUUCAAAAACAAGGGCUUGUUGUAA